AACUCCUGGCAACAUGACACAGCAAUGCUGGUUCAGGAAGUCUGCCAUGGGAAUAAACAAGCUAUACAGCAUAAUGACCGAGAUGAAAACAGAUGCUGGUAUUCAAGAGCCAAGAAUCACCCCAUACAGUGCAAGAAAGCACUUGAUUCAGAAGCUGAAUGACGAGAAUGUUCCUGCUCAUCAAAUAAUACAGAUUUCAGGGCACAGAAAUAUUAACAGCUUAAAUAAUUACAGCAGUUUGAACAAGGAACAGUCAAAAAAUAUUUCAAAAAUACUUUCUCAUUCAAACCAGUCAGUUGAAAAGCACAACCGCACAGCCACUGCCACUGCGUCAGCCACACCUGCAUCAAGUGAUUUUCCGAUGGCCCGAGGAUUUUUUGUCAACUCACAUUUCCAGGGCAAUGUAACAUUUAAUUUUCACAACUCUGAAUCUUACAUGGGCCUUUCCCAGACACAGAACGUAGUCAAUCACCAGAGGCAAUCUCCAUCCCGUACACCGGCGGUAACCGCAGAUUCCCCUGUACAGCGACACUACAAGCGAAUCCGUCUUAUUGCAGAGAGUGACAGUGAUUGAUAUCGAAACCAUUUAGCACAAAAACACUGUUGAAAUAUGUUUGCGUUCCUAGUUUAAUCCAGUUAUGUGUUAUUAAUGCAGCAAGUCGUAAAAGUGUUGUUCAACAUGGCGAGCACUUUCGUAACUUUGAGAUCAGUUGAAUACACAAAUUACUACGCCAGUAUAUGCAACACUAUUAAUUUCAUAAUAAUUUAAAUUAAACUAUUGUUUGUAAUAAUAUUGAAUGUAUAAAGUAUGAAAAAGAUAUAUGUUGAAUAAAACAUUGAUUUUAA